AUGGACGACCUUCUCGAGCUCGAGCUCAUCGGGCUCGUGAACAAGGUGGUCUCCGAACUUCAAAACCACCUUGGAAUCAACGACAAGACCCUUGCAGAGUUCUUAGUCGCCCAGCGCCUCGAGUCCGACACGUCCGAGGCCUUCAAACGCAAGAUAACCGAACUAGAUCCCGAUUCCUUCCCUCCCAGUCUCAUCGAAAGUAUCGACCGCCUCGUUGUAAUGAUGCACCCGUCCAUGAAGGGGAAAACCGCGGCCAAAGGUGAUGAAUCAAAACACCAGCGAUCUGUCGAAGACAAAGCGCAAGUAUUCUCUGGUCUUGCCUUGCCCGAUCAAGCACCGGUUCAGGAUUCUAUCGACGAUGCCCUACUUGUGCUGGAAGCUCUAGAGCCAAAGAGCCGCAAGAGUAAGCCCCGAUCGCCACAACGAGGUCGCAGUCUCAGUCGCAGUCGCAGUCCCGAAAUAUGGAAGGAAAAACGCUCCAGAAGUCGCGAUAGACAUAGAAGCAGGAGAUAUGACGAGCACGAUUACGAUGACACGAAGGCACACAAGAAGCGACGCGACCGACGCGAUGAUUACGACGACAUCGACCGACAGAAGAAGGAUAGGCAUCGAUCUCGUCCGGUGGUGGACAAUGCUCCUAUCCUGCAUAAGAUUUAUGACGGGCACGUGACGGGCAUCAAGGACUUUGGCGCAUUUGUUAAUUUACACGGAAUCAAGGGGAAAGUGGAUGGGCUCGUUCAUGUCUCACGAUUAGCUGAAGGGCGCAUUAAUCAUCCGUCGGACUGGGUCGAACGGAAUCAACCCGUCAAGGUGAAAGUCACCACCAUCGAUGGGACGAGAAUCGGACUGUCCAUGAAGGAUGUCGACCAGGAGACUGGCCAAGAUUUGGCUCCCCAACCAACUUUCGGCUCUGGCGCAAACAUGCAAACUCUUGGUGGGGGCGAUAAUGGGUACAAUGAUGGCGGAUUCCAGGCUCCUGAACCAGCAAGAAGACCAAACAAGAGACUAACAUCUCCCGAGAGGUGGGAAAUUCGCCAGCUUAUUGCAUCGGGUGUCGCAAAAGCGUCAGAUUACCCCGAUUUAGAAGAAGACUACAACGCAACACUCAGAGGCGAUGGCGAGAUGCAACUGGAAGAAGACCUGGACAUUGAAGUCAAAGAAGAAGAGCCACCCUUCCUUGCUGGUCAAACGAAGCAGUCCCUUGAGCUGUCACCUAUCCGCGUCGUCAAGGCUCCCGACGGAUCUCUUAAUCGCGCUGCUAUGUCCGGCACAGCUCUAGGGAAAGAGAGAAAGGAACUACGACAACAAGAGGCCGAAGUGGCUGCCGAUGACGACGAAAAGGUUGACCUCUCAGCUCAGUGGAACGAUCCGAUGGUUGACCCGAGUCAGCGCAAGUUUGCUAGCGACCUGAAAACCCCUAAAGCUAACGCUGGAAAAUCUGAAAACAUUCCGGAAUGGAAACGCGUCACCCAACCGAAGGAUCAGUCAUAUGGAAAGAGAGCAAAUAUGACGAUAAAGCAGCAACGGGAAUCGCUUCCAGUUUUUGCUUUCCGAUCUCAGCUCAUUGAAGCCGUGCACCAGCAUCAGAUUCUCAUUGUGGUCGGCGAGACGGGAUCUGGUAAAACGACGCAGGUAACGCAAUAUCUUGCUGAGGCAGGCUUCACAAAUGAUGGCAUCAUUGGAUGCACUCAGCCUCGCCGUGUGGCCGCCAUGUCAGUGGCGAAGCGUGUAGCCGAAGAAGUCGGAUGUGUCCUAGGUGAAGAAGUGGGCUAUUCCAUUCGAUUCGAGGAAUGCACCAGCCCGGCUACUAAAAUCAAAUAUAUGACGGACGGUAUGCUUCAGCGUGAAAUUCUGCAAGACCCGAACCUCAAGAAAUACUCUAUCGUUAUGCUCGAUGAAGCACACGAGCGGACUAUUGCAACAGACGUUCUUUUUGCGCUGCUAAAAAAGACUUUGAAACACCGGCCGGAUCUUAAAGUGAUUGUUACGUCUGCCACUCUCGAUGCUGAAAAGUUCUCAACAUAUUUCAAUGACGCACCGAUUUUCAGUAUCCCCGGUCGAACGUUCCCUGUUGAAAUCCUAUAUUCCCGGGAACCCGAAUCGGAUUAUCUUGAUGCAGCUUUAGUUUCAGUCAUGCAAAUUCACCUCACGGAACCGGCGGGAGACAUCCUCUUGUUUUUAACGGGACAGGAAGAGAUUGAUACAUCCUGUGAAAUCCUAUACGAAAGGAUGAAGGCAUUGGGACCCAGUGUCCCUGAGUUGAUAAUUCUUCCUGUUUAUUCGGCCUUGCCUACUGAGAUGCAGAGCCGUAUUUUUGAUCCAGCACCUGCUGGCAGUAGAAAGGUUGUUAUCGCCACCAACAUUGCUGAAACAUCAAUUACGAUUGAUAAUAUUUACUACGUCGUCGAUCCCGGCUUCGUAAAACAAAAUGCGUACGAUCCGAAGCUAGGCAUGGAUUCCCUCAUCGUCACUCCCAUUUCUCAAGCACAAGCCAACCAACGUGCCGGCCGUGCCGGCCGAACCGGACCAGGUAAAUGCUUCCGGCUAUACACAGAAGCAGCGUACCAGUCCGAGAUGUUACCAACAACGAUUCCCGAUAUUCAACGUCAGAAUCUCUCCAUGACGAUUCUCAUGCUCAAAGCAAUGGGCAUAAACGACCUCUUGCACUUCGACUUCAUGGAUCCACCGCCAAUCAACACGACAUUAACAGCCUUGGAAGAACUAUACGCGCUUAGUGCACUCGACGACGAGGGGCUGCUAACACGCUUAGGACGCAAAAUGACCAGCUUUCCCAUGGAACCUUCACUUGCCAAGGUCCUACUCGCAGCGGUAGAACUAGGCUGCUCGGAUGAAAUGCUCUCUAUUGUGGCUAUGCUCAACUUGGCCAACGUCUUCUAUAGACCAAAGGAGAAGCAGACGCAGGCCGAUCAAAAGAAGGCCAAAUUCCACGACCCGAAUGGCGACCAUCUCACACUUUUGAACAUAUACAACUCGUGGAAGCAUAGUGGCUAUUCAAGUUCUUGGUGCUUUGAAAACUUUAUUCAGGCACGGUCAAUGAAACGGGCCAAAGAUGUGCGCGACCAGCUCGUCAAGAUUAUGGAACGAUCUCAUCAUAAAGUCAUUUCCUGUGGGCGUAAGACAGAACAAGUACGCCGAGCGUUAUGCGCUGGCUUCUUCCGCAAUGCAGCACGCAAGGAGACCGAGGCCGGAGCCGGGGGCUACAAGACCCUCACUGAGGGGACACCGGUCUACGUGCAUCCGUCAUCGGCGCUGUUUGGAAAACAGGCUGAGUGGGUGGUUUACCAUGAGCUGGUGCUUACAACACGCGAGUACAUGCGAUGGACCACGAGUAUUGACGCAAGGUGGCUGGUCGAUGCGGCCCCAACUUUCUUCAAAGUGGCGGGCACAGGCGGCACCAUGUCGAAGCGCCGGAAGCAGGAGAGGAUACAGCCUUUGUAUAAUAGGUAUGCUGGUGAAGAUGACUGGCGACUGUCAGCCCAGCGUAGGGGUGGCAGAGGUGGCGGCGGCGGCACCUGGGGAUGA